UCUAACAUUCUCGUUCAUUCUUCAAGCUGUUUCCAGGAUAACAUUUUAUUCAAUUUCUUCUUUCCUUGAUUUUUCUGAGAGCUUGAAAAUCAUGAAACAUUCAGUAAAUCGACCACCAACUCCAGAUGCUGCAGACGAUCAAGGGAAAGAACCCACCCUUCAAGAAAUUAUUAACAUCAAGUUGAUCGAGAGUGGGGAAAAAGAGAGAUUAAUGGAGCUGUUAAGAGAAAGGCUUAUAGACUGUGGUUGGAAGGAUGAGAUGAAAGCUCUUUGCAGGGCGUAUAUUAAGAAGAAAGGAAGAAACAAUGUCACUGUAGAUGACCUUGUGCAUUUGAUCACCCCAAAAGGCAGAGCUUCCGUUCCCGACUCCGUGAAGGCCGAGCUCUUGCAAAGAAUUCGUACCUUUCUCAUGUCUGCUGCACUUUGAUCAUCAGCGUGCAUGGGAAAGCAAUAGAGCUGUCCAUACUUGCUUGAUGGGUUUCAAUGGAAAACUUGUUAGGGUAUGGCUGUACCUGCAAGUCUUGUUUAAGGUGAUGUUGAUUAUUUAAAAUAGCUGAAUACUAUAUAGGCUUUAUUGAUGUUUACAUUUGUCCACUAAGAUAUCUAUUCCCUAUUGCUGUCGUCUUUGGAACUUUGGGAUACAAAACUCUGCAUUAGUCCUCUGGUGUAAGUUUAUUAUUGUUUCUUAAGGAGGCUGGCCUUCUGAAUGAUAACAGCUUAUACUUUUUCUGUUGCCUUACUUU